AUAAAGAGUAUUGAAACUGAGAAGGGGUAGAAAAAAAAGUGUGAAGAGUUACUAAAAAGGACACAGAGAAAGAAGGGGGAGGGGUCAUUUAUUUUUAGCUUUCUUUUCCAUUUUUUCCUUCUCUUUCUCUUUUUUUUCUUUUUUUUUUAUUAUUUAAAAAAUGGACUCUGACGAUCAACUUUCUGACACAUCUCUUCAUGAAUCAUCACCGCCACGCACUUUAAGAGUUAUUAACCCCGAUUUCGAUGAAGAGACGAUUCAACCAUAUCAACCAGACCUCGUCAACGAUUUACCAAGUACACCUGAGCUUCAGCCAGUAUGCAGGAGAAUGAGCAAGACACUGGUAGAACAACAUUCACCACAACCAUUUGAACUACUGCCACCGCUCAAGACACUUCCACCACUGAUGGAUGACAUGAUGAUAUCAAGCGAAGAGUCUUCGCCAAGACAAGAACAGCAUAAGGAAGAAGAAUCGCCACAUCCUCCAGAACUACCGCAGCAUGAUCCAGGUCUGACAUCGAGCUAUCUUCAGCCGCGGAAUAAUAACGCCAUUGCAGAAUACCAUGAACGAGCACCCUCGAUCGCAUCCUUCACACCCUCACAAACACCGUCAAACGCAUUCUCUUACCAAUCUAAAUAUGCCAAGGCUUCCUAUAGUCUAACAAAUCACCCGGAUGCGAUCAAAUUGUAUCGAAGCAUGGCUCUUAAAACGAAGGACCCGAUCGUACAGUUAACCUAUGCAAAAUACCUCCUUGAAAUUGCCGGUCUAUACGAUAAACCGUCCACAUCAUCACAACCCAAGCCUUCGAAUGUGUUCUUGAGACCUGUCAGCCGUAUGAGCUAUAGGACGAGUAUGGACAGUCGACGUAGUAGCAUUGAUAAUCCAAAUGCACAACAGACAGCUUUUGUUGAAGAAGAUUUGGAUGAUGCACAAAUUCGAAAGCAAAAGAUGUUACGGGAGGAAGGUGUAAGGUGGAUCAAGAAGUUGGCCAAUCAGCGCGUAGGAGAAGCAGCCUAUCUUCUAGCCUCUUGGCUUGAUCAAGGACUCUAUGGGUUCAAAAAGAGUCCAACCAAGGCUCUAAAGUACUACGAGGUGGCUGCAAAAGAACGUGUGCCUGAGGCCAUGUUUGCUGUUGCACAGUACUACGAGAAAGAGCAAGAUUACAUGACCUCUUUCCAGUUAUAUGAAGAUGCAGCCGGUCUAGGUUUAGUGGAAGCACUCUAUCGCAUUGCUAUGAUUCAUCUGAACGGUGAGUUUGGAUCUAGACAGAACGUGAUGGCAGCCAUUCAGCUAUUGAUAAAAGCAUGUGAAAAGUCAACAGGAACAGCGUGUCCUGAAGCUCCUUAUACCCUAGGAUUACUAUUACUUAAUGAUUAUCCUUCUGUCAGUAUACCCAAUGAAAUCAUCCAAAGCUAUGGGGGUAGCUUUGGUGCCAUGAGUUAUCUAGAUCAUGCAGCGGAGAUUGGUUUAUCAUCAGCACAAUAUAAAUUAGGCACCUUGUUUGAACAAGGCCGAUACAAUCAACGCAUUGAUCUCACAAAGGCUUUUCAUUACUAUGAAAUGGCAGCACAACAGAACCAUUCACUGGCCAUGAUUGCCCUCAGUCGACUGUACAAUCAAGGGGUCCAAGUACCUCAAGAGCAAGUAGAGGAGCAAAGAUAUCUCUUUGAACAUGACGAGUCACAAUGGAUCAAGACACAUGCACGAGAUGAGGAUGCAGCGUUUCGAUGGUGCCGUCUAGCAGCCGUCGAACAUCAUCUGCCAGAAGCAUAUUACCUCUUGGGAUGGUAUUAUGAGGUUGGCAUUGGUGUACCAAGAGAUUAUAAAAAGGCCCAUCAUUACUACUCCAAAGCAAGUAAACAUGAUCAUAAGGAAGCCAAGGAUCGGUUAAAGAUGAUGGAACAUGUAGUAAAGUUUAAAAAGUUGGAGAAUAAACAAAGGGGAUCAGCUCAAUGUCACAUUAUGUAAAAUAAAAUAAAAUACCCCAUUGUCACAUACCGUUAUUUUAUCUAUUAGAAAACAAGUGCAUAAUAAUUCAGUCAAGCACUAUUGUCAAUAACUGAUGAAUUUUUUUUUUGAAUUAGCGCAAGAGAG